CAUUUAGUAGCGAUUCUGAAACUAACCUUGUCAGUAUCAGAUCCGCGUCCCUGUAGCAACGUCAGGUUGAUUACAAUUCCAUGGUUCACUAAACACAGGGGUCCAUCUGUUUUGGACUCCAGGUAUCUCAAUUACAGCAUCCAAACGCGCCCUAACCGACGUAAGUGACAUUCCUUGAUCAGAGCUUCUGCAAAUCAUUGAACUACGUUUAUCGAAAUUAUUCUAGAAAAAACUAUAUUGUCAAAUGUUGUUUGUUCGGGUAGUAGAGACCAGAGGAAUCAGUGGUGGAAGUGAUACUGUUAGAAGAAUCUAGGGAUAGAAGAGAAGCUCCCCCAAGAAGAACAAGAGAAAAAAAUAAAAAAAAUCCCUCAAUGGGAGACACAGAAACCCUAAUCCAACCAGACUUCCCUCUCUUCUCCAAAAAAAUCACCCCAAAACCCUCUCUUCCCAAAACACCCACCACCCAAAAUCCCAACACCACCAGAAAACCCACCCAAACCGAUUCCGACUCGCUAGGUUUUUCAGAACUCGGUCUCUCCGAAUGGGCGAUCCAGACCUGUACCGAACUCGGCAUGAAGAAGCCCACUCCUGUUCAACGCCACUGCAUCCCUCACAUCCUCGCCGGCGAGGAUGUCCUUGGCCUUGCCCAGACCGGCAGUGGCAAGACUGCCGCAUUCGCCCUCCCAAUCCUUCACCGCCUCGCCCAGGACCCGUACGGCGUCUUUGCGCUGGUGGUGACACCGACAAGGGAGUUGGCAUACCAGCUGGCCGAGCAGUUCCGUGCUCUAGGCUCGUGCCUGCAUCUUCGAUGCUCUGUUAUUGUCGGUGGGAUGGACAUGAUCAGCCAGGCGCAGGCCCUGGCGCAGCGUCCACAUGUUGUAAUUGCAACGCCCGGGAGGCUCAAAGUGCUCCUUGAGGACGAUCCAGAUGUUCCAGCCGUCUUCUCCAGGACCAAGUUUCUAGUUUUGGAUGAGGCAGACAGGGUUUUGGAUGUUGGUUUUGAGGAAGAACUAAAAGUGGUCUUUCAGUGCUUACCCAAAAAUCGACAGACCCUUCUGUUUUCAGCAACUAUGACAGAUGAUCUACAAGAUUUGCUUCAGCUUUCUGCAAAUAAGGCUUACUUCUAUGAGGCAUAUGAGGGCUUCAAGACUGUUGAAUCUCUCAAACAACAGUAUGCUUUUAUUCCAAAAAAUGUGAAGGAUGUUUAUCUCUUUCACAUUCUAUCAAAAAUGGAGGAUGAGGGUAUUCGCUCUGCCAUUGUAUUUGUUGCUACUUGCAGGAGUUGCCAUCUUUUGAGCUUGUUGUUGGAAGAGCUUGAUCAGCCAGCUGCGGCACUGCAUUCUCACAAGUCCCAGUCUCUCAGGCUUGCUGCACUAAAUCGAUUCAAAUCUGGUCAAGUUCCUAUCUUGCUUGCAACAGAUGUUGCCAGCCGUGGUUUAGAUAUUCCAACAGUUGAUCUUGUUGUGAACUAUGAUAUUCCGAGGUAUCCACGGGAUUAUGUUCAUCGUGUGGGCCGUACUGCAAGAGCUGGCAGAGGAGGGCUGGCCGUGAGCUUUGUUACACAGAAUGAUGUGGAUCUCAUUCACGAAGUAGAGGCUGUUAUUGGAAAACAAUUAGAUGAAUUUGAAUGCAAGGAGAAUGAGGUUCUUGCCGAUAUCACAAAGGUUUACAAGGCCAAACGCGUUGCAAGUAUGAAGAUGAUUGAUGACGGCUAUGAAGAGACAGCAAAAGCGAGGAAAGCUCAGAAGCUGAAAAAAUUAGCAGAGAACGGCUCACAAAAGAGAAGGCGUAAAAGGCAGAAAUCAUAGGACAGAGUAGAUAUAUUAUUUGUCAAUUAAAGGGUGAAACUGGGACUCUUAUCCACUGCUCUGAGACGGAAAAACUAGUCGAAAUGCACUGCUUUCCAUUGGAAGGAGGAAGCUGGUCAAGGUCACUUAUCAUCUUGGAACUGGAGAAAUUUCUAGAAUGAGCGUCAGAUGAUUGACUACCCACUGAAGAAUGGCUUACGGUUUAUAUACCCUCUUAAUUUACGUACUCUUUUUGGUCACUCUUCAUUUAAUUUUGAUAAUUGUCAUUGUAAAGGUGGUCCAUGAAAUUUUCCUCGUCUGUUCUUGGUCCGGCUUGUUAGAUGAACUAGUAGAGAGUGUAAUGUAUGCGAGUGAUCCAGGGUUCAAUCCCUCGUUUUACCUUUCAAAAUAUUUCUUUUGAAAAUUUGUUUCAAAUUUAUUUAA